GCACAGAGGAACAGUGGGCGCAGAGGAACAGUAGGCACAGAGGAACACAGGGCACAGAGGAACAGUGAGCGCAGAGGAACAGUAGGCACAGAGGAACAGAGGGCACAGAGGAACAGUGAGCACAGAGGAACAGUGGGCACAGAGGAACAGAGGGCACAGAGGAACAGUGAGCGCAGAGGAACAGUAGGCACAGAGGAACAGAGGGCACAGAGGAACAGUGGGCACAGAGGAACAGUAGGCACCAAGGAACAGUGGGCACAGAGGAACAGAGGGCUCAGAGGAACAGUGGGCGCAGAGGAACAGAGGAACAGUAGGCGCAGAGGAACAGGAGGCACCAAGGAACAGUGGGCACAGAGGAACAGAGGGCACAGAGGAACAGUGGGCACAGAGGAACAGUGGGCACAGAGGACCGGUAGGCACAGAGGAACGGUGGGCACAGAGGAACAGUAUAGGCACAGAGGAAAAGAGGGCACAUCAGGAACAGAGGGCACAGAGGAACAGAGGGCACAGAGAAACAGAGGGCACAGAGGAACAGUAGGAACAGUAGGAACAGAGGGCACAGAGGAACAGAGGGCACAGAGGAACAGUGGGCA